CGCUUCCUCCUAGAGUAUCAGUAUUGCGGCGCUUUGGUUCUGGUUAGCUCGGGUACCAGUUACGGGUAUCACAAGAGGGUGUGUGUCAUGCGGGGCAUCAACCCUAUACUGUUAGGAAUUCUCAUUUUGUUCGUCGUGCACUCCAGGGAAGAACCCAAAGUGGGAGGGCAUAAGUCGGCAACUGAGACAGGAAAAAAGAGCUGCGGCUGCCAUUUAACUGGAGUCUUGGAUGACUGCUUCUGUGAUGUUGAAAGCAUUGAUGCAUUUAACAACUACAAGAUUUUCCCAAAGAUACAGAAACUGCAAGAACGCGAUUAUUUUAGAUAUUACAAGGUUAAUCUGAAAAGGCCAUGUCCUUUUUGGCCUGAAGAUGGCCAUUGUACCAUUAAAGACUGUCAUGUGGAGCCAUGUCCUGAGAGUAAAGUUCCAGUUGGGAUUAAAGCAGGAAAUUAUAACAAGUAUUCACCAGAAGCUAAUAGUGAAGAAGACUUAGAAGCUUGUGAGCAGGCUAGUAAACUUGGAGCUGUGAACAGUACCUUGAGUAAUCAAACUAAAGAAGCAUUCAUUGCUUGGGCAAAAUAUGAUGAUGCGCAAGACCAUUUCUGCGAGCUGGAUGAUGAGGGAUCUCCAGAUGCACAAUAUGUGGAUCUUUUGUUGAACCCAGAGAGAUACACUGGGUACAAAGGACCAUCAGCCUGGAGAGUGUGGAACAGCAUCUACGAAGAAAACUGUUUUAAACCUCGUUCGGUAUAUCGUCCGCUAAAUCCUUUGGCACCUAUCAUUGGUAAGUGAGAAUCAUUCUACACAUGGCUUGAAGGCCUAUGCUUAGAGAAAAGAGUGUUUUACCGUCUCAUAUCAGGACUUCAUGCCAGCAUCAACUUGCAUCUCUCAGUAAAAUAUCUUCUUGAGGAUACAUGGGGAAGAGCACGAUGGGGACCUAAUCCUAAAGAGUUUACAAAACGAUUUGACCCUUCUGAAACACAAGGAGAAGGCCCAAGGAGAUUGAAGAAUUUGUAUUUUUUGUAUUUGAUUGAACUCCGUGCAUUAUCAAAAGUUGCGUCCUAUUUCGAUCGCACUAUUGUUGAUCUAUAUACAGGAAACUCAGAAGGGGACUUGGAAACGAAAAAUCUUCUUCUGGAUAUCUUCAAAGAUAUGCAAUCAUUUCCAAUGCACUUUGAUGAGAAAUCCAUGUUUGCUGGGAACAAAAAGGAGGCCAAAUCAUUAAAGGAAGAAUUUCGUCUGCAUUUUAAGAACAUUUCGCGAAUAAUGGACUGUGUCGGCUGUGAUAAAUGCAGAUUAUGGGGUAAACUACAGACGCAGGGGUUAGGGACAGCUCUGAAAAUUUUGUUUUCUGAGAGAGAAAUUCAAAACCUUCCAGACAACAGUCCUUCAAAAGGAUUUCAGCUAACAAGGCAGGAAAUUGUUGCACUAAUAAAUGCUUUUGGAAGGCUUUCAACUAGUAUCAAAGAACUUCAGACUUUUAAGCACCUAUUACAUGAUAAUAGGUAAUUGGAGGGCUGCAUUCCAUUUUCUCCCAUCAUUCUUUGUACUUUUACUAUAACCUGCGGAGAUGACACAUUUAACCACCACCAGUGAUGGAGCAAAAGAAGAUAUUUUUGAAAGUCAUAUGUUCUGUUUUUUUGUUUUUUACGCAAAGCAUUGUAAAAGCACCAUUCUUAUACCAUGUUUUAAAUGUUUCUUUUUACUCUCUCAAAUAAUCCUUUAUUGCUUAUCAUUGUAUUGUGAAAGAUAAAUUUCUAAAAUACUUGAAAACAAAAUUUCAUUUAAGGGAUAAUGAUAUUCGUUAAAAAAAGGUUUUCAUCAAUCUGCAGCAACUACAUGAGAGCCAUGUAAAUUGAGUGCCAAGGGGGAAAAAAAAAUAUUGCGGGUAACUGUUGGUUGAUUUUUUUUUUAUAUGGCAACACAGGAAGCAGGAUGUUAUAUAUUAAUAUUUAUGAUGCAUUUUACUUUUUUUUUUUUAUAUAUAUAUAUAAAAUAGUUAAAUUAUUGCUCAGCGUUUACUGCAGGAAACAUAUUCCUUUCAUAUUAAUGAACCUAUUUUUUUUUUAUUAUUAAGAAGCAUAAUUUAACAUAACAUUAACCAUAUCAUAAGGAAAUUAUCUGGAUAAAUGUUUGCACAUAUAGUGCAAUAAACUAAAUAAUUUAAAGAUUAAUUGAUUAAGAGCUGUGAUUUAAUACUGGCCACUCCUCGGUCUUAUCCCGGAUAGUGUUAGAAUAUUAUUAAUGAAAUAAAAGCGCAAGUUAUUUCCAAUUAAUUCCUUUUGAUGGACCAAACAAUUGGAGACCCUGUACCUCAAUCUCUCAUCAGAAGAUUAUUAUAUAUUGGUCUAUUAAACUGUUUUGUUUUGUUUUUUAAUAUUUUAAGGAUAGAAAAAAAAAACAAGAUUAAGGUGGUUGGAUUACUGUAAAACUGUAAGCAAAUCUGACUUUUUGCUGUUACAAAAACUAUCUUACUGCUGUGAUAUAUUCUGAUAAAAAAACUCUUAAACUGCUUAAAAUGAUAUGUUGCAGGCUGCCUUCGAUUGCAAAAAUAUUUAAAACAUUUUUUUUAUUUUUUUUGUUUCUAUGCUCUAUAAAUCAUCUUUAGCUAUGUUAAAACAAAAACGGGUUUGUCCUUGCAAACUGUGAAUGAUUUGUAUCAUUCAAACGAAUUCAGAUAUUUAUAUUACAUUUUCCUGAAUAUUUUCAGAAAAUUGUCUUUAAUAAGUCACCACUAAAUAGGUCUUCAGAAGAACACUGUAAUAUAUUGUAGUUAAUAGCUACUAAGUGGUGAAUGCCAUGUAAUUAUUUACUGAAAAUGUUUACACAACCUUGUUAAGACUUGUAUAUAAUGAUAAAUCUUUGAAAGUUGUUAAUUAUUUUUACAAUAAAGUGCGCUUAAAAAUUCUUGAAAACAAA